AUGGAUGAAGAAUUAUUUUCAAGUAAAUCCAAAAUUUGUAAUUUGAUGUCAGAGUUGUCUAUUUUAAAUGUUGGUACAAUAGAAUGGUUUGUAUCAGACGAAAAAGUUCUUUUUUAUACAGGUCUUCCAAACAUGGAUGUUUUUUUUACUCUUUUUAAAUUUAUAAGAUCUUUCCUUCUGUGUAAAAGAUCAAAACUUUCAGAUUUUCAACAUCUUUCACUGACUUUGAUGCGUCUUCGGCUUAAUUUAACAUUAAAUGAUUUAGCUUAUUGUUAUAAUGUCAGUAGCACAUCAGCCUCUUCUGUGUUUCUUAAAACAAUCGAUGUUUUAUAUGUGAGACUUAAAGAACUUAUAAAAUGGCCUGAUAGAGAGCAGUUAUGUAAGACUACCCCAAUGUGUUUCCGACAACAUUUUGGAACAAGAGUGGGUGUUGUUAUAGACUGCUUUGAGGUAUUUAUAGACAAACCGAAAAAUACACUAGCACGUGCACAAACAUUUUCUUCCUAUAAACACCACAACACUGUCAAGUUUUUAAUUGGUAUUGCUCCUCAAGGUGUUGUAAGUUUUAUUUCUAAAUCAUGGGGUGGUCGUGUUAGUGAUAUCUAA